CCUCUCUAUAUAAACCUUUCCCACUCACUUCUCUCUUUUCAUAUAAUUUCUUCUUCUUCUUCUUCUUCUUAUUAUUAUUAUUCUCCAAAUGGAAAAUACCUUGCUAUCAAAGAGGCCAAGAGAAGAAGAAGAAGAAGAUGUAAUAAUAACAACAGAUUCAUCAAAGAGGCACAAGCCAUAUAAUCACAUACUCUCUGUUCUUGAAUCAGAUGAAUUAUUAGUAGAUUAUGAUUCCUCACAACAAGACCUCUCUCCUCUCAUCACAACUCUCCAACACGAAAUCACUGCUUCUCCCUCUCAACAUAAUAACAGUAACAAUAACAAUAAUAAUGAUAAUAAUAUUACUACAACUACUCUAGAAGAAGAUGAUAGAGUUGAGAGUGUGAUGAGACACCUUCUGGAAGCUUCUGAUGACGAGCUUGGGAUUCCAAACAGUGGUGGUGGGCCUGAAUUACAGGAAGCUGCAGGGUCGUCAUCUUCGGUGGAGGAUUUUGGUGAAUAUAAUAAUGGAGACGACGACAACAACAUGUUUUCAUCAUCAUCAUCAUCAAUAUUAUGCGGUGAUGAUGAUGGGUUAUUAUUAUGGGAGCAUGAAGAUGAGACUGCUAACUACUAUGCUUUCUUGCAUUCUGAUCAACUCUUUCUGUAACACUCUCAUCUCCUUCGGGUGUGGUAGAAAAUGAAAAAUAUUAUUGUUAUUGUUGUGUUUAAUUAUUAUUAUUGAUGCAUCAAAUUUGUGAAAACACAAAGAAGGCCCCCCCCUUUUUUUU